AUGGAUAUUGAAGAGCACAUUAAAGAGCUUGAACGCUCAAACUAUGAGGAAGAGCCUGGCACUUCGUCAGCCUCGGACUCCGGAUUGUCAAUCAGAAUUCAAUCACAACGAGACUUCAAACCAACCAAAUCACGGGUUUUUAGAGCGUAUCAUCCAUCUGCAAAAGAAAUUGAUCUUGCAGAGCUCCGAAGACGCCGGAAUGAAGAAUCGGAGUGCCCCUCCAGCGAGUCAGGCAUUGUUUGGCACGCUAAAAUCUUUCCCCGACAGACAAGACGCCUAGGGCCUGACCAAAAUCUGGAGAAUCCGAGUUUCAUAUUCGUUGAUGAUCGACCGAUUGAGCUGUCUGUUGACGCAACUCCAAGACAGCCGCAGCCGGACGCGAAGGAGCGCAUCCAGCAAGCGGCGACGUGGUGGGCCGGGCCUGUCAUAACGAUUGAGGUCUUCGUGGAGACUGAUCUCACGUCACACAGAGUAUCGGAAAUCAUGAAGGAUCCUCGGACUGAUCAGUUGCCCCUGAAACAUGUGUCCAGGAGACAUCUGGUGGUCAACUCAUCGUAUCUGGCCAUUGGCCUUCGUGAAGUUGUUCAAUAUUACCCAUCAUUCCACUCCAUGAUGAGAAAACUGAAUAUUCCAGAGCCUUAUGCCGUUCUAAUCCAUCACUUUGACUCUAUUGAAGCCAUGGCGGGCUCUCCCGUCUCGGCUACAAUGUGCAUGAGCACACACGACAAGAGCCAGGAAGAGAUUGACCUGACCAAGAAACAUAUGCAAAUUUUGCUAGAAUUCCUGAGACCCAUCCGCGAAGAGCGCAUAGUGAGAUGCGAAGAGUAUUUGUCCGAAUCUACUGCCCGGGUGGCUUUUGACAUGAUUUGGUAUCUUCUGAAACCCGGAAUGGAUGUCUAUAUUCAUAUCGACGGAUCGCCACAAGCCGCGGUGGUCAUAGAUGUGAAGCACGGUAGUAGUGAUGUGUCCAGUGCCUGGGGGCCUGGGAAUUCAGAUUGGUGGCUUAUCGACCUGUGGCGACUGCAGACGGAUGGCUCGAGAGUCCGGCGAAGCGCGACCACGGCAAUUAUUACCUUCUAUUCUGGUCUACAAGAGGUAAAAAAUCUUGCAGUCUGUCCAUGCGCUAUCUGGGACGCCCAUGACAGUGGUGAACGACGCAAGAAUAUCUUACGCCGCAGUAUAACCUUCUUCAAGGCGCUGCAUGAGGGCAAUCUCCUUGUGGACUAUAAUGGGCCCAUUAUAGGAAGCAACCAAUAUUAUACUGGAAAACUAGUGAUCGACCACCGGAGAGGGCAGGAGGAAGCUGGCUACGCCGAGCUUGCUUUCUCACGGAUUCGUGAUUAUUCCAAUCGUUUCAGGGACUAUGAUAAUAUUAUAGUCAACGAUGAUGGAUCUUUUAACACUGGGCAAGAGUCUCAACGACGAUUUUUCAGCAAUCUUGAGAAAUCUAGACAUCCUUCUCCUAGGCGUCUCAGCGUUAAGGCCGUCACAGGUUGGGAUGACGAUCAGAAAGGAUGGCCCGGUGUGGUUCCUGUACUUGAGUAUAAUGACACGGAUAGAGUUGAAUUCAAUGGUCCUGUUGUUGAUGAACUCACGGAACAUCAACUUCUAUUGCUAUGCCCACAAGCUCUGGCAUAUGCACUGAAACACAAGAAAUGGAUUCUGAUCUCAUUGGAUCACGUUCAAGAAUCUGUGCCAUCAUAUGAGAGUAUUUCCAACCUGGUCAUCGGAGAGGCCGAGUUGAAAACUAUCCAGGCUCUCUCAAACCGUCAAAAUAGCAAGACCAAACACUGGUCAGCAGACUUUAUCGAGGGAAAGGGAUCGGGGCAAAUUAUAUUACUGCACGGACCUCCCGGAGUUGGCAAAACCUACACAGUCGAGGCUAUUUCUGAGUGGCUACACCGGCCACUCCUUGCACUGACAGUCGCUGAUAUCGGCACGAUCGAAACUCUAGUCGAAGGUGAACUCUUGAAGUGGUUUAACCUCGCAGAAGCCUGGAAUGCCGUACUCCUCGUCGAUGAAGCCGAUAUCUUCCUCGAACGACGACAAAAUCGAGAUCUCGCUCGGAAUGGAUUGGUAUCAGGUAAGAUGCUAAAUCACAUCAUUAUCUCGUCCACAGAUACUUACGAUUGCUACGCAGCCUUCCUCCGACGAAUGGAGUACUUCAAAGGCCUCCUCUUCCUGACCACCAAUCGCGUCGGCCAAAUAGACGACGCUUUCAUAUCCCGUGUCCACAUCGCAAUUGGAUACUCAUCUCUUAACGAAGAAGCACGUCGCAAGGUCUGGAAUGGCUUUUUCCGGAAACUAGUUCGUGAUCGAGCGGGCAAGAUCCAGAUCGCCCCAGACGCGAAGUCAUGGGUUCUGGAGACCGCAGGCGAGACGCAGCUCAACGGGCGGGAUAUACGCAAUGCAUUACAAACGGCGAUCACACUGGCAGAGUUUGAGAGUGAAGAGGAUCCUGACUAUGAUGAAACCUUGGUGACGAUUGUCACUAAAACGCAUUUCCAGAAGGUACUGGACAUGUGUAAUCGGUUCCGUGGCUACGUGACGAGUAUUCGGCGAGAAGAUGAGAGGAAGAGGGCCCAGGGACGCGGUGAUCGAAAUGACUAUGGGCGUGGAACUGCUAAUGAGAUGGAAGGGCCCGUAGACCUUUCCAACUCGAUGGGUAGGUAG